AUGUCUCGCUACGCCCAAGCACACCAGAAUCGCACUGGGCCCGGAGACGCACGACCUACAGCGCUCCAGAUCAUCAAGGAUGAGGGCCGCAAGGGUGCCUUGGGGGACAAAGUAUUCCUCGUCACUGGCGCCUCGUCGGGCAUUGGCAUCGAGACAGGCCGCGCUCUUGCUGCCACUGGCGCCAAGGUCUUUCUAGCUGUUCGUGACCUCAAAAAGGGCGAGGCCGCAUGCAAGUCGUUCCUCGAGCCCGGCCGUGUCGAGCUCAUUGAGCUCGAUGUCAGCAGCUUGAAGUCUGUUCGCGAAUGCGCAGCCAAGUUUCUCCAAAAGUCGCCGCAACUCAACGUCCUUGUCUGCAAUGCCGGAGUUAUGACCAUCCCGACCCGUGAGGAGACCGAGGACGGGUACGAAAUGCAGCUCGCCGUCAACUAUCUGGGUCACUUCCUUUUGUUCUGGCUGCUCAAGGACGCAAUGGCCAAGUCCUCGACCCCAGCGUUUCAAUCGAGGCUGGUGAAUGUUGCAAGCUCCGGGCACCAGGCGUCCGAGAUUGUUUGGGACGAUUUCAACCUGAAGAACUACAACCCUCUCACGGCAUAUGGCCAAUCGAAACUUGCGCAGAUUUAUAUGGCCAAUUAUGUUGAUCGUCAGUUUGGCUCCCAAGGCAUUCGUGCUCUCAGCCUGAUGCCGGGAGGUAUUACCGAUACCAACCUGUCGAAGUACACGCCCAAGGAGAUGGUGGAUAGCUUCAAGACAGACCCGGUCUUGUCGAAAUGGGUCAAGAGUCGCGAGCAAGGUGCUGCCACCACGGUCUUGGCGGCAGUUGGUCAGGAAUGGGAGGGAAAAGGCGGCAAGUAUUUGGAGGACUGCGCCGUAGCAACUCCCAACGCUUCCAUACCUGGCCUCACGGGUGUCAGCGCUUAUGCAUACGACGAGGGUAAAGAGACUAGGCUGUGGGAGCUGACAUUGAAGACUUUGGGGCUUUCUUAG